GAUGGAUCAGAAGUAACCAGAAGCAUGGAAAUCUGGCAUACAGAAUGCGGAGGAGUCUGCUCUGAGAUUCAUCUACAGUCAUUAACAAACAGCCUAAUUUUGGAAAUUCAAGCAAGAGACAAGUCAUCACUCACAGAUUCAUGAUGGAUGAAACAGACCUGAAGAAACAGAAGGACACUCGCAAUGGCAGCAUUACACAAAGUAUGCGCUCCACAAUCAAACCAAAGGAGGAGGAAGUCAGAGUCAUAUUACAGAAAAAUUUGGGUCUACUGAGUGGGAUCUGUCUGAUUGUAGGGACAAUGAUCGGCUCAGGCAUCUUCAUCUCUCCCAAAGCCGUGCUUGAAGGAACAGGAGCAGUGGGGCCAUGCCUGUGUGUGUGGGCAGCGUGUGGGGUGCUGGCCACUCUAGGAGCUCUGUGCUAUGCUGAGCUUGGCACAAUGAUCACUAAGUCAGGCGGUGCGUAUCCGUACCUGAUGGAAGGUUAUGGGCCCGUGUUGGCGUACCUCUACUCUUGGAUGACUGUCUUUGUUCUGAAACCUUCAGCUUUUGCCAUCCUGUCCCUCAGCUGUGCAGAAUAUGCCUCCACACCUUUCUACCCAGAAUGCACCCCACCUGUGAUCAUCAGUAAAUGCCUGGCUGCAGCUUUUAUCUUAUUGAUUGUGCUCGUGAACUGCCUAAGUGUGAAGCUUGCCAGCUAUGUCCAAAACUUCUUCACUGCAGCCAAACUCCUUAUCAUCUUCAUCAUAGUGGUAUCAGGAAUCGUUAUGCUGGCCCAAGGCAAUACACAGAAUUUCAAAAAUUCAUUUGAAGGAGCAGCAACUUCAUUUGGUGCAAUUGGACUGGCCUUUUAUAACGGCAUGUGGGCUUUUGAUGGGUGGAAUCAGCUGAACUUCAUAACAGAGGAGCUGAAAGACCCAUACCGGGAUCUUCCAUUGGCCAUCAUGUUUGGGAUUCCUUUGGUGUCUGUUUGCUAUGUGCUAGUCAAUGUUGCCUACUUCAGUGUCCUGACACCCACAGAACUACUGCAGUCACCUGCUGUUGCUGUGACUUAUGGUGACAGAGUGCUGUACCCAGUCUCAUGGUUGGUGCCGCUGUUUGUGGUCUUCUCCACUUUUGGAGCUGCUAAUGGAAGCUGUUUCACAGCUGGAAGGCUGAUUCAUGUCGCUGCACGAGAAGGCCACAUGGUGAAGAUCCUGUCCUAUAUUAGUUCAAAAUAUUACAGUCCUGCACCAGCUCUCAUCUUUAAUGGAAUUCUGGCUAUUUUCUACAUAAUUCCAGCAGAUAUCAACACUCUCAUUAACUACUUCAGCUUUGCUCAGUGGUUUUUCUAUUGUCUCACAUCCCUUUCUCUUAUCAUCAUGCGCUUCACAAGAAAAGAGUUAAAAAGGCCGUUGAAGGUGCCCAUUAUUAUCCCAGUUGUGGUGGUCAUAGUGUCCUGUUACCUGGUUUUGGCUCCAAUCAUCGACAAGCCUGAGUUUGAAUAUCUGUACUGCACAGUGUUCAUCGUAGGCGGGAUGAUUUUUUACUACCCCUUUGUCCACCGCAAGUUCAGCUGGACCCGCAGAGUCAUGAGACCCAUCACCAUGCAUCUGCAGUUGCUAAUGGAAGUUGUCCCACCGGAGACAGAGUGAAGAACCUCAGAUAUAGUGCAGCACCAGUGUGGCCUUGGUGGUUUGCUAGAUCCAGCAAACAUUUCCAACCUGCCUUUGCUCUGUGCCAAAAUUAGACUACAUUUCAUGAUUUCUCAUAAUGUAUGAAAUUUGUCAGAAGCAUUUUAUCAUUUAAAUGUCUGGGACAAAUCGUAUAGGCCAGAAUCCACAAGUGCCUCUGAAAUGUAACAUUUCUGUGUUGUGUCUGGCAUUUUCAUUAUUCACAAAUUGUGAUAAUUGUUAAAAUACAUUUUGUCUCUCUU